AUGAGAAACCGGGAGAACCAUAAAGGAAACGGGUGCGCGGCUGCCUCCUCUGAACACGCCCCCGCCAUGACCACGCCCCUUUCUCGGCGUUCCCGCCCCUCAGGGCCACCUCCGGACCGACAGGGGGCGCCCCGCGCAGCCACGACUGUCCGGAAAGAACCGAGCGCCGGCGGAGGCGGCCGAGCCAGGACUGGCGGCACGGGCGGAGCGGGCGCGAUGGCGCAGCAAGUGGAGCAGCUGCGGGCGGACGGCGUGGACAAGGAGGUGCUGCGGGAGGGCACCGGGCCGCUGCCAGACUUCCGCGACGGCACCAAGGCCACUUUCCACUACCGGACGCUGCGGUGCGGCGACGAGGAGACGCCAGUGGACGAUAGCAGGGCGCGGGGGAAGCCCAUGGAGCUCAUCGCCGGGAAGAAGUUCAAGCUGCCGGUGUGGGAAGCGGCGCUGCGAACCAUGAGGCCCGGCGAGCGAGCGCGCUUCCGCUGCGACGCCAAGCACGUGGUGCUUUACCCGCUAGUGUCCAAGAGCCUGCGGAACAUCGCAGCGGGGAAGGACCCGCUGGAGGGGCAGCGGCACUGCUGCAGCAUUGCCCAGAUGCAUGAGCACUACUCUCUGGGUUACCCCGACCUUGACGAGCUCCAGAAGAACCCCCAGCCCCUCAUCUUCGACAUCGAGGUGCUGAAGGUGGAGCCACCCGGCUCCUACCAGCAGGACCCAUGGGCCAUGACAGAUGAGGAGAAGCUCCAGGCUGUGCCCCAGAUCCACAAGGAAGGCAACGAGCUGUACCGACAGGGCAAGGUGCCUGAGGCAGCUGCCAAAUACUACGAUGCCAUUGCCUGUCUCAAGAACCUGCAGAUGAAGGAGCAGCCGGGCUCUCCAGACUGGAUCGAGCUCGACCAGAAGAUCACACCCCUGCUCCUAAACUACUGCCAGUGCAAGCUGCAGUGUGAGGAGUACUACGAGGUGCUGGACCACUGCUCCUCCAUCCUCAACAAAUACGAGGACAAUGUCAAGGCCUACUUCAAGCGGGGCAAGGCCCACGCGGCCGUGUGGAACGUGGCUGAGGCGCAGGCUGACUUCGCCAAAGUCCUGGCGCUCGACCCCUCGCUGCGCUCCGUGGUCUCCAAGGAGCUGCGGAGCCUGGAAGCACGGCUGCGGGAGAAGGAUGCCGAAGAUAAGAUCCGCUUCAAGGGCAUCUUCUCCCAGCAGAGUCCGCGCCCACAAGGGAGAGCCCAGUGCUCUCAGGACAAGUUAUUUUAGAUAUUCCACAUGUGGAAUGGUCAUGGAUGUUUAUUAAUGUUUAAUACAGAUUUUACUUAUUUGAA